CCAUCUUAUGCAAAUCGAAUGUACCCUUUUGGCGUAACAGAUAAACGGGCCAAAAAGCCUGUAAAUAUCCGGGAACCGUUCACCUGAGAUUUUUGGCGAACGACAGAGAUGGUGGGGGAAGAGAGGAAGCAGAGGUUGACUUGGUCGCGGGCGGAGAGAGAGGAGUAGGAGAGCAGAGAAGAGAAAAGAAGAGAAGGGGGCCAGAAUGACACGGUUCGUGUGUUGCUCAUUGUUUUGCGGAAGGUGUGGUGGUAGGGCGCAAUGGUGUUAACUGCGUAUUUACUAAACGAUGCAGGUGUGGUGGUAGCCGUUCUAGACGUCAGAUGCCAGUGACGAAGGAAGUGGGUUUCAUUGGUAGUGGUCGGAGGUGGUGGUAGUGAGCGCGCGGCACACUUCGCGCUUCUCUUUUGUAAGUUCUCACAGUAUCACGCACCUCGGGUUACUCUCGCAGGUGAAACAAACCGUUCCUCUGUUCCGUCGCGGAAUUAUUUCUCUUUCUCCAUGAUCGUUCUCUAACCGUGUUUACAAAGGAUCGAGAGCGUCCAAAUGCGUUCAACCGCGAGAGACGGCCUUGGCCUUGCGACUGUUGCAACUGUGCUAUGCCAUUGAGACCAUAAACCCCGAAGGAAGAUACAGGAGGUGUCUAGCCUUGCCACGUGCUUGCUGACGAUUCCUCAGACCUUUUUUACCUCUGCUCUCCACGUUGUUUGCUCCUGCUCUGCGGUCGUCUUCGCUGAAUCAGAAUGUCUCAAGUGAUUUUGCUGUUUGCCUUCGUGUUUGGAGCGUUUCAUGGAACUUCAGCUGCCUCGCAACACGUCAACAAGGAUCUCUCCAGUUCUCUCAACCAGUACAAUGCUCGUUUUCACGCGUACGAAGAGCCGUACAGUAUCGACUUCACUUACCAUAAUUACGACCAAAUGAGCCGUUUUCUGCGAACAACGUCGCUUCGUUUCCAGAACUUAACUGCCUUGUACUCUAUCGGGAAAUCUGUGAAAGGUCGAGAUUUGUGGGUAAUGGUUGUCUCUUCCUCGCCGUAUGAGCACAUGAUCGGUAAACCUGAUGUGAAGUACGUAGCCAAUAUACAUGGAAAUGAAGCUGUGGGUCGUGAAUUAAUGUUACAUCUGAUUCAUUACUUUGUGACGAAUUAUGGAUCGGAUCCAUACGUUACGUGGCUCCUAGACAACACUAGAAUUCAUAUUCUUCCAUCGAUGAACCCCGAUGGGUUCGAGGUUUCAAAGGAAGGAUACUGUGAAGGGGGCCAAGGCAGGUAUAAUGCUCGUGGAUUUGAUUUGAACCGCAAUUUCCCGGACUAUUUCAAGCAAAACAAUAGGAAAAGCCAACCGGAAACGGAGGCUGUUAAGGAAUGGGUAUCGAAAAUCCAGUUCGUAUUAUCUGGGAGCUUACACGGAGGUGCCUUAGUCGCCAGUUAUCCGUUCGAUAACACGCCUAAUUCACGCAAUUCAGUGUUUCAGAGUUACACUUCAGCGCCAAGUAUAUCGCCUGAUGACGACGUCUUUCAACACCUGUCGCUGGUAUAUUCGCAAAACCAUGGUUCUAUGUACCAAGGACUGCCCUGUUCGUCGUCACAACCGGGAUUCAAAAAUGGUAUCACUAAUGGCGCGCAAUGGUACCCACUUACUGGAGGAAUGCAAGACUUUAACUACGUAUGGAACGGAUGCAUGGAGAUCACAUUAGAACUUUCAUGCUGUAAAUAUCCACCAGCUACCGAUUUACAAUUUUACUGGGACGAAAAUCGCGCAGCUCUUAUUAAGUUCCUAGCAGAAGCUCACAGAGGAGUACGUGGGUUUGUCAUCGAUGAAAAUGGAAAUCCAAUCGAAAGAGCGUCCAUUAAAGUAAAAUCGCGAGACGUCAGUUUUCUUACCACAAAAUAUGGCGAAUUUUGGAGAAUUUUAUUACCAGGAGUAUACAAACUCGAGGUAUACGCGAACGGAUACCUUCCGCGAGAAGUAGAAUUUAGAGUAGUAGAACAACAUCCAACGUCUUUCAACGUAACGCUACAUAGGACAAGCAGACAUCAAACUGAAGAUGAAAAUACAUCGAGCUUCUACAAUGGAAACAGGGAUCAAGGUCAUCGAGAUCAUGUGAUACAUUUUCGACCACAUCCUGGGACCAACACGGCUGCCGACACAAAUAGUGGAAUUUUCUCAUCCCUCAGUAACGGAUUUAAUUCAUUCGUCAGUAAUUGGUGGCGCAUUGAGUCCACCAAUAUCACCAGAUUCUAGUUGUUUCAGAAGGCGAAACAGAGCCGCAGCUUCUCUGAUGCGACUAAAUUCGAUACAAAAUGCUUGUACCUCAAUAAAAAGUUCCUUCAC